GCGGGGCUGGGUGAGGUGAGGUGAGAGCGAGGGGGCAGCUCGGGUCGGAGAGGCCGGUGCCGUGCGCGUCCGGCUGUGAGGUGCGGCGCUUGGCAGGCGGCCAGCGGCGAGAGGCGGCUCCCCAGCGGCGAGGGCGAGCGUGCUCCCGUGCCCCUUCCCGGGCUCCUGCGGCGGGGGGAGGCGGAAGCCCCGGGCGGCACCGCGGGCAGAUGGAGCGGCCGUUAAACGGCUGCGGGAGCGGCGCCUCCACCGCACCUCGGCCGCUUCCCCUGGCAGGGGCUGCAGGACCGGCCCGUCCGGCCGCCGCCCUCCCUGGCCGUGCCCGAGCGAGCAGCGGCUGCAGCGCCGGCCCCGAGCCGCGGGCAGUUCACGCAGGGACGAGCCGCAGCCCGCCCGCCGGCUUUGCCGUCCCGGUGCCUCUGCCGGACUGCAGCGCUGCCGGCGCGGGACCUGCCGGGUGCACGGCGCUGCCGGGAUCGGCGCCUCCGGCAAAUCCCUGCAGGUCGGCACUUGCCGGUCGGAGCAUCCUUAGAAGAAAAUCUAAAGCACCACCUCCUCCACCUGAAACAAAAUCCAUUGCUGUUUCUCCGUUUAACACAGAGCCAACCAACCUCAUCAUGGAACAGAAAGAGAAUGUAAUUGAUAAAGAUAUUGAGUUAUCAGUGGUCCUGCCAGGAGAUGUGAUCAAGUACACUACAGUUAAUGGGAGGAAGCCCAUGAUGGACUUGCUGAUCUUUCUCUGCGCACAGUAUCAUUUAAAUCCAUCAAGUUAUACCAUAGAGUUGGUAUCAGCAGAAAAUAGCCAGAUUAAAUUCAAACCCAACACGCCAGUGGGAAUGCUUGAAGUGGAAAAGGUGAUUGUAAAGGCAAAACAAAUGGAUAAGAAGAAACCUGCUCCAGUUAUACCAGAGCAAACAGUAAGGGUAGUGAUAAACUACAAGAAGACACAGAAAACAGUAGUAAGAGUUAGUCCACAUUCACCCCUUCAAGAACUCGUACCAAUUAUCUGUAGCAAAUGUGAGUUUGAUCCUUCACACACGCUGCUACUGAAGAGUUACCAGUCACAAGAACACCUUGAUAUGACAAAAUCUCUUAAUGAGCUCGGACUACGAGAACUGUAUGCCAUGGAUGUCAGUCAAGCUGCAUCACCAGUUGAUUUAAAUUUACCAUCUUUUCAAGGCUCCUACCAAUCUGAAAACAUAGAUGUUCUCAAGGAGAAAGAAAACAAAGGAUUUUUCAGCUUUUUUCAAUGGAACAAGAAGAAAAGAGAACAAGCUGCCAGUGCCCCAGCAACUCCAUUGAUGAGCAAGCCAAGGCCAACAUUUAUCACGAGAUCUAACACUAUCAGCAAGCAGUACGACUCAAACACUCUGCCAGCUGAGAUGCCAAAGAAACGGAGAGCUCCUUUGCCGCCCAUGCCGAACUCUCAGAGUGCUCCCCAGGAACUUGCACGAGCCCAGGCCAGACCUACAUCUGAUAUUGUGAAAUCUAACAGCUUUGAUAGGAAUGAACAGGCCCCUCUGGGAUUAGUGCGGAAAGGCUCCCUGCCGCUCAGUGACACUGCUUCCGUGAACUCCUCUCUACGCAGGAUGAAGCGCAAGGCGCCCUCACCACCCUCUAGAGCACCAGAAGAUCAAAGUGAAAGCAAUAAUGAGCCUGUAACGGAGUCAACAGAAUCAGCCUCCACUAAAGCGGAAGGAAGAGCCACUGAAAUGCAGCCUGAAACAGAUGUGCACAACCUGGAAGAAAUUGAUGAAAGGGAAGAGAUAGGUGUGCAACAGGGAGAGGACAGUGGAAGUACCAAUACCUCUCCUGGGAUAGGAGAGGUUACUGAAGCCUUCAGCUCUGCUGAGGUACCACUGGAAAAUGACAAAAAUGAUCCUGCUUCAUCAGCUCCUGUUCCUGGCAGUGUUCCCACAGACAACUUGCAGAGCUUCAAGGAAGAAAAACAAGAAAAUAUGAGCACAGAUGGCAAAGGACUACAGACUAAAAUAAGCAGUGAGGACAAUGGAUUUCAAACAGACAGGAAGCUUAAAAUUUUAGAUCAAAAUAAAACUGAUGAUCACAGUGAUACAAAACUCCUUCCAGCAACAGAAGAAGGGAAAGAACUUGAGACAGCUGAAAUUAAAACAGUAGAUUUUAGAGAAAAUAACAAGCUUGAAGUUGACAGACUAUCAAACUGCCAGGCAUGUAAAAAUGACAUCUCUGUAAGUCAUAGGAAUUAUCCUCAACUGAUUUCAGAAAAGCAAGAUGACAAAACAAAUCAAACUGGCUUGGACACAGUGAAAACUCAGGAUGUUGGAAUCCAGACUUUGGAUAGCAAUUUGGGAAGGACUGCACAGAAGGAAAUGAUUGUUCCUCAGGGUGUUGAAUCAUCCACGUUUAGAGAGCUGGUCCCUCAACAUAACAGAGAGAAGAACAACUCCCUUGUUCAAGUGAUGCACAGAAUGCAUCAAGAGAGUGAAGAUACUUCAGUAGAACAAAGUCUUGAGACACGAGAAGUUACUCAUAAAAAAGUAAUUCCAAUAAAAGACCAGAGUCACAUCUGUAUAAAUGGCAGUGAUUUUGCUUCACGAGAAACAACUGCUGAAACUCCAGAUGACUCUCCUGUGAAAGGUCACCCUUUUUAUAGACAGGACACCAAACCUAAACCCAAACCUGCUAAUGAAAUUACAAGGGAUUACAUACCAAAAAUUGGGAUGACUACUUAUAAGAUAGUGCCUCCAAAAUUCUUAGAAAUGAUGAAGAGCUGGGAAUCAGAAGUUCUAUCAGAUCAUAAGGAUCAAGAGGUAUCUACUUUGGAAGACCCCAAAGAAUUAAUAGUGCAAAGGGAAAUUCAUCUGUCAAAAAGUGUGGGUCCUUUACAGGUUGGUUCACAAAAUGAAGCUGCAGCAGCAAAUGGUCAACUGCAGAGAGUGAACAACGUUUCUGAACAUAUUGUGACCUCUGGAGCUGACAUUACUACUGAGAGCAACCAGAUGGAAAGAGAGUCUUUCAAGCAGCGUGUCCCACUGAUGCUAAACUUGGAUAAUACAAAUGCUUCUUCUGAGACUCAGGACAAGUCAAAUGCAUUAAGUCCAUUAAGUCCUACAAUGAAGCCUAGUUCUUUUUAUCUGCAGAUGCAACGAAGAGCUUCAGGUCACUAUGUGACAUCUGCAGUUGCCAGAAGCACAGUUUGUGCUCCUAAUUCAAUUCAAAAUGAAGUUAAGAAUACAGAGAUGGGUAAAAAAAUCUCAUCGCCUGAUUUGACUUCUUUGGCUUUACAAAAAACAAGUAUUCCCUCUCCUCCUGCAGAUCAAGAAAACGCUGAUGAUGGAAAAAACACUGAAUCUUCCACUUCUCCUGUUAAAAGCAGUAAGCCUUUAAGUUUUCCCUCCUGUCCUCCAGCACCGUUGAAUCUAAAAACUCUCAGAACUUUUGCAGUUCCAAAGCCGUACUCCAGUUCAAGACCAUCCCCUUUUGCUCUAGCUGUCUCAUCUGCAGUCAAAAGGUCACAAUCAUUCAAUAAGACACGUACGAUCACUAGCCAGUCACCAAGAGAGGAAUUUCCAGUGGAACUCUCCUCUGUCCCUUUGGCAGCUGGAUUCUCCUCAGCUACCUCCGUGCCUGAAGUGAAAAGUCCUUCCUUACAGACCAUAACAGCGGGGUCACAAAAUAGUCAAAUGGAUAAGAAAGGCAGCCAUGUGCACAGUGAGCAGAAGAGUCAGGCGCAGUCAGGUGCUUCCCCUGACCACCCACACCCUGUCACUAAGAGACAAACCGCGAUGACGCUCCCGCGCGCUGACCCCGAACAGAUCCACCAGAGCUUGCUGGCUGCAAUCCGCUCUGGAGAAGCUGCUGCCAAAUUGAAAAGGGUUGGUCCUCCAUCAAACACCAUAGCUGUCAAUGGAAGAGCCAGGCUUAACCCUUUGCAUUCUACAGAAGCUAAGGCUAAUCCCUAGACAUUAUACCAAACAUUUUGCACUUUACUACUGCUUCAUAGGCCAACUUAAUACUAACUACAAAUUUUUGGAAGUGUAAAUGCAAGUAUAUGUUAAUAUAUUUUUGUCAACAGUUAUAACAAUGUCAGGCUGGGUCUUUUGAUGCCUUUAAAAGAUUAUUAGAAUAUGUAAAUUAUAGUAAUAAUUUGCCUUUUUCUCUUUAUAAAGGUGACUAUGCUGCUAAAAAGUUUUAAGACGAGGUGUAGGUGAACUUUGCUUAUGAUAGAAUGAGAAUUGAAGAUUCUUGAUUUUAGCCUUCAAGACUGAACAAUAUGUAGCACUAUGCUGAAAUUACAGAUUGGAAGCCAGCUAAAAGUUUUAAAUCAAAUAAUUAAUUUUUGAUUGUGUAUUACUUUAACAGAUUGUAUGAACUUAAAUCUACCACAUGCUGCCUCCAUAUUACUUCAUUAAAUUAAAAUUGUGAUUAUUAGAAAUCUUAAUUCAAUGCAAUACUUUGUUUCUGUCUUAAAAAAUAGAUGUUUUUGUUCCUUUAGCAGAGAGUAAUUGGGAUAUGUAUUUUGAUUUUUAUUUUUUUUUUUUUUACUCUCCUGUAAUUUUUUUUCCUAGUAGCGUGCACACACAAAAAAUCAGGACAUAAAUUAUUGGAAACUUUUGUACUAUUCAAAACCUUUUCUUAACAGUAGCACUACAUGAUGUUUCUUAACUGCUCUUUAAAUAUCUGUAUAUAUAUUUACCUAGCAUCAGAUAAGCAAUAAGUAGUCAUCAACAUAUAGUCACUUACUAGUACAAAACAAAUUCCAAUUUUGAUACUUAAUGAAAUAGAAUAUUUUUUUCACUGCAAGUAUGACUAAAAAAUGAGCUGCUUUGGACUUAUUCCUACAAAAUAUUUUAAUCUUAAAACAGCACAAAAACACAUAAAUCAUGCUUGUAUCAGAGAACAUCUAUUUAUAGAUUAAGCAUUAAAUACCAAAAUGGGAAUAUAUAUUAAAAGAAAAUGUUUCAUGUUAUAUUUUAUCUAUUUUGAGUUUCUUGUAAAGAUUAUACAUUUUUGGGGAGGGAGUGGAAAUAUGAUCAUAUUCGUGAUGAAAUAGCUACAUUAGGGAUGCAUGCAGCAAUUAUUGCCAUAUUAAAAUAUUUUUUUGCUGGACUUGAUCUAAAAUUAAGCAAUUAUAUUUAGUUUCUAUUCUUUAACAAUAUAUAUUUUGUACUUUAGAAACACUAUGUAACUCAGUUUCAGAAACUGAUCUUUAUGUGCAUUUUCAAAUUGUUUGCUGCCAGGUUUUUGUGCAAUAAUCUCAAAGAGGUCUAAUUACUUUCCUAGUACAGAGUCAAUUACCAGUUUCAAGUUAUGGUGUUAACUUAAUGCUGAAACCCUUUAAUGAAUGUUUUAGUAAAUAAAAAUUCAUAAAGAGAUCCGAUGAACAUUUUUUUCAUUGCUGUUCUCUCCUGUUUUCUCUCCUGUAUCUUAGUCCCUUGCCAAUGUGUGUUACCACUUCCAUCUUCUCCUUGUUCUUGCCUCCAGUCAAGAGUUCGUUCCGAGGGUGGGGGAAGCUCACGUGUUAGUUCAAAAGACCUGUUUCAGGGUCUGACUGCAAAAGAAAUUUUCAACCUUCACUUGAAAAUAGUGAGAUAGAAGAUAUAGAUUUCUAGUUUCUAACUGGGGCUUACAUUCUAGAUUCCACUGUGUCUUGAGAGACAGACUUGAAAAUUGUAACUUGCUCCCUGGAUUCUUGUCUGUGCUCAUUGUGAUAUUUGGAGUCUGUGUUUUAGGCAUUCCUAUCCACCAUGCUGAUCUGUAUCUGCCAGAGAAGGGGAUGCACUUUGAAAAAGAGUCUCUUCCUUGUACUUUGGGUGUGUGGGGGUUACAGGGUUUUUUCCAAAUGUUGGUAUUCUCUGCUAAGGUGACCAAAGUUAUUUCAUAAAGCUUUUUUUAUCUCCAUCUGUGUUAAUACAAAUGUAUGUGAUGUUUCACUUCUUCAAACAAAUCAACAAAGUCCGUUUUUUUGUUUUGGGGAAAGUUUAAAUAACUGUACUUUGUUAUUUUCUUUAAUUUUGACUACAAAACUGUACUACUGUAUGUUUCUUAGUCCCAUAAAUUAAAAAUAAACUGCCUUUUCGUUUGAACUCCUGAAGGCAAAUAUCAUCUUAUGUGACAUAGAUUAAAACCAUCUUGCUUGAAUUUUAGGGUCUCUUCAUUGUGUAACUGAACUUGCUUAAUAACUAACUGAAAUGUCUACACAUGCUAUAUUACUGUGAAACUCUUCAAUGAGACUUUUUCUUACUAGCUGGCAAUUUUGUUUAGCAAAACUUUCUCUUUCCCUCUUCUUCCAACAUGUGUAUGUAUGAUAUUUUUUAAUCUUGCUAUUGUAUUUCUACAGAUGCUUUUUUUCUUACACUCUUUUAUUAAAGUCUACUAGAGAAACUCUUGUUGAUGAA